AUGUCUCAUGCUGGAAUUUGUUUGGAGGAUUUGCAACAAUGUAGGACAGGUGUUUAUGCUGGAGUCAUGAACUUGGACUACAGUGCACUUCUUUUGGAUAAAUCAAAUGCUCGAAACAUUAAUCAAUUUGCUUCCACGGGAUCUGCUUCAUCCAUCAUUGCUAACAGAAUUUCCUUUUGUUUAAAUUUAACUGGUCCAAGUCUAACUGUCGACACCGCUUGUUCGUCUUCAUUGGUUGCUCUUGAUUUGGCUUUUAAUCAUCUUCAAACUGGUGAAUGUGAUGUAGCUAUUGUUUGUGCACCCAAUUUAAUUUUUGACAGCGGAAAUUUCCACUUGGCAAGUUGUAAAACUCAACUGCUGGCACAGGAUGGUCGAUGUAAGUGUUUUGAUGUUAAAGGAGAUGGAUAUGGUCGAGGUGAAGGUGUAGCUGCUGUGAUUAUAAAGUCUACAGAGUCUGCUUUAGUUGACCGGGAUGAAAUUUACGCUGAAAUUCUUUCAUGUGGAGUAAACAACGAUGGUCAAACUGAAAGUACAAUUACUUCACCAAGUGAUAUUGCUCAAGGCCAUUUGUUUAGAAGAGUGCUUGAAGAAUCGGGUUUGUCGAAAGAUGAUAUACAAUACGUGGAGGCUCAUGGAACUGGUACAGCAGUAGGUGAUGUUGUGGAGAUGGCGUCAUUGGCAUCAGUUUAUGGAAAUAGCAGCAAUCGAAUUCUUCGUGUAGGCUCAGUGAAGUCAAAUAUUAAUCACACCGAAUCCACGGCUGGCUUAGCUGGUUUGAUAAAAACUUGUCUUAUGAUAAAAUAUGGCCAGUUUGUGCCAACUAUUAACGUCGAGGAAGUGAAAUCUCAACUGAGAAUUCCAGAAAGAAAAAUGAUGGUGCAAGUUUGCAGUGAAACAUGGAAAACCAACAAUAGUGCACCAAGAGCUGCCGCAGUUUCCUCGUAUGGAUUUGGUGGUACAAACGUUCAUGCGAUACUAAAAGAAGUUACAAAACUGCCAGCUGCUGUGUUGCCCACUCGGUCGAUAACUCAUCGAGUAAUGACAUUAUCUGCUGCUUCAAAAAAUGCUUUGAUUGAAAUGGCGAAAAAAAUGUGCAGUUCGCUUAAAACAUUGGCUGAGGGCGAUGAACUUUUAAAAGAUAAUAUUUGCUACUCCUUGAAUGAAAGGUACUCACUUCAUUCACAUCGUUUAGCUCUUGCUUUUGCCCAUAUAAAUGAUGCAGCAAUGGCUUUGGAGAAAUUUUCUAAACAAGACAGAAGAUGGGAAGAAUUAGUUGCUGUUGGUCAAAUUACUAAUAAUCACAAAAAGGUUGCUUUCUUGUAUGGUGGACAAGGAUCUCAGUGGUAUGGGAUGGCAAGGGAAAUGAUAAAACAAGAGCCAGUAUUUAAGGAAAGCAUUGAAAAAAUUGAUGUUCUAUUAAAACAACAUAAAGCCACAUGGUCCUUGAUGCACGAGCUUUCCCAGCCUGAAGAAAUGUCCCGUCUUCAUGAAAAUCCGAUUGGACAAACAGCAUUGUUUGCUGUCCAUGUGGCAAUAACUGAACUGUUUAAGUCUUGGAAUUUAAUACCUUCAGCUGUUAUUGGUCACAGCCUUGGUGAAAUAUCAGCAGCUUGGGCAUGUGGUGCUUUGCAUUUAAGGAAAGCAUUGCAAUUAGUUUUAUUUCGAUCACAGUUACAUGAGCAGUGUUCUACAACUGGUUGCAUGGCUGCCAUUGGCCUUUCAUUUGAAGAAACAAGAAGAAUGCUAAACGUGCUUAAAUUAGAAAAUCAAGUUGAUAUAGCAGCUGUCAACAACCCUAGAAGCGUCGUACUUUCUUGUGGAAAAGAUUUGAUGGAACAGGUAGAAACUCAUGUGGCAAGCACCAUGGAUAAUUUAUUCUUUAAAAAGUUGCAGACGUCACGGGCUUAUCACAGUCAAGAAAUGGAUAAAAUUAAAGAAGCAUUUUUCCGUAAAACUUUUGCUUUUAAUGUGCACCAAAAAGAAGGCAAUGUUCCUUUUUUCUCUACUGUGACAGGGACUCAGUUGUCUGGUCAAGAACUUUCACUUGAACAUUGGUGGAAAAAUAUCCGUCAAACAGUUUUACUUGAGCCUGCAUUACGAGUCAUGUUUUCUAACGGCUAUCACUUCUUUGUUGAAAUUAAUGCGGCACCACAGAUUUCUUAUCAUGUUCGACAAACAUGGUCAAAUUAUCAAAAAUCACAGUCUAACAGAACAAACAAUUUUGCUGUGAUUCAAACUAUUCCAAAACGUUCGACAGAAAAUCAAAAAAAAAGUCAAUCAUAUAUCACGGAGACAUCCGUCCAUCCUCUACUUGGAAAGAUUGUGCCAACUUUGGCAUUUACUGGUUUAAAAGCAUGGGAAUCUGAAAUCACCUUACAUGACGUAGAUUAUAUUGAAGACCACAAGUUUGUAGACCAAGAUAUUCCUAUCGUACCUGGUGCAGUGUUUGUUGAGAUGAUCUUUGCCAUGUCAAUUCAUUUAUGGCCAGGUUUAGCACCACAUGUUGAGAGUUUGAGCUUUGACAAUCUGCUCACAUUAUCCAACAAUGAUUCUCUUUUAUUACGUACUCGUCUUUUGCCUUAUGAAGGAGGAAGCCACCAAUUUCAAAUCACAAAUGUUUACGAGAAAGAUAGCGAGGUUGUUCUUUCCACUGGAUCGCUAACAAUUAAUGCUAACUGCAAUUUCAAAGAAGAAGAUAAUAUUCAAGGAGACAAUAAUCGUGAAAUUGAAAAUUUCAAAUUGGGAGCGACAAGAUGGAGUCAAAAAAACUUUCAAAUUGAACGUGAUAAGAAAGGUUUUCGCUUUGGACCGAAGUUUGACUUAAUCAAAGAUGCAUGGUUAAAGGAUACACAAGUCCUUGCUCUUAUUUGCCCUACGGAUGAAAUCAUAGAAGAAUGUCCAGCUCAUUUCAUUCACCCCACAAUAAUUGAUGCCUGUUUUCAAACGGUUCUUCUUUUCAAUGCACUAAAAGGAAAAAUGGUCCCAAAGAAAAUCAAUCAGCUUACUGUGCUUCGUAGACCUCAGUACUUUAAGCAUCUAUAUGCUCUCACUACAAUCGUUGAAUAUAAGGAGAAUUUAGAUUGCAAGAUCAUUCUGAUAGAUAGUAUUGGAAGACCCAUUUUAGUUAUCGGAAAAAUGGUUUUUACUGAAAUUAGAUCAACAGCUGCGGAGCCAACUUUUGAAAAUUCCCUACUGAGAUUACAGUGGGAAAAAUUGGUUUCCACACCAGCUGACUACAGUUAUCAUAACGUUUGGCUCAUCAUAAAGGAUCAAACUAAGUUUAGUGAGCAAUUUGUCCAAAAUAUCCCAGAAGAAGACAACGUGAAAAUUGUCGAAAAACUGGAUACACUUUCCGAUAUCAUAGAUGCAACCCUUGAAAAACUCAAAACAGAUAAAGAAAAGUUGCUGGUGCUUAAUUUCAUGCCAGUGAAUGCAAGAGGUUUUGAUUUGCAAUCAUCUAACUUUGACGACAUUCAUGGUCAUACUUUCGAAAGCUGUCUCACAGUUUCUAAGGUAGUUUGUAAAAAAGAGGCUUACAUGAAGAACAUUCGAAUUAUUUUUGUUACUUCAGGGGCAGUUACAUUUUCAACCGAUAACGUCAAUUCAAAUUCCAACAAAUUAACGUCAUUUCCAUGGGCGUCAUCAAUCCUUGGCUUUCGAAGAAGCUUACAGGAAGAGUAUCCAAAUUUGAAUUCUUAUAUAAUAGAUUUACCAUGCAGUCCAUGUAAAGACGAUUUUCAACAAUUGGCAAAAAAAGUGACGAAUAUUCAUUUGGAAGAAGAAAUUGCAUAUAGGAAUGGCGAACGCUACGUUGACCGAGUUAAAAAAAUGGAUGAAUGGGGUAAUGGACAUUCAACGACGAAAUCAUCUCUUCUUGUAAAGAAUGGAAAAAGACAACCAUUUCAAAUAGUGUUGCAGUCAGGGAGAUUUUUUCUAAAAGAAAUGACAGUGACACAAAAAAAUGAAGAAAUAAAACAAACCAUUGAAGUAUACCAUGUAGCUACUGCUCUUCAAAAGCCUUGGAAAAAAGCAAAACUAUCUGAUUAUCUGAGUUUUUCUGGAAAAUUACUUUCAGAAAAAAUGGAAUGCCGUCUUGUAACUGGUUUUUGCAAAGUUGGUGACCUUGCAACUUUCAUUGACGCUGAAAAAUGCUGUUUCGCAGAUAUCAAACCUUGUUUAAGCAUUCAACAAGCAACUUUACUCAGUUUACCUCUGGCUUGGGCAUACUACCUUCUUAAAAAUAUUUUGACACUGUCAAAAGAAGAGACUGUUCUGAUACAUCAUCAAAAUCAAAAUAUUUCUUACAUCAUUGCAUGUGUGGCGACUUCCAUUGGUGUUUGGCCUGUAUGCUAUGUUAACAAUGUUGCAAAUACAAAGAUAAUGAAAAGCAAUAAAGAUUUAACAGUUCUCACUGACAUCGAAAUUUUAAGAGACGACUUUGGAACAAUUGCAUUUGAUGCUCUGUGCAUUCCUAGCAACUUAGAUAGUUUUGUGACUGGCAAAUUUGUGGAGCACCUGAAACCUGGAGGUAGCGUGGUUCUUGUGAGUGAAAAUGAAGAGGAAAAGAUGAAUUUGGCAAUUUAUAGCAGAGAUAUGAAUGUCAUAACGAGCAGUCUGAAAUAUUCUAUUAAAAAUUCUCAGCUCUUUUCACAGAUCCUUGAUAGCUGCUUUACCGCUUUAGAAACUUGUCAAGGUUUGCAACAGAUGUUAAAUAUACCAUAUUUUGAUGAAAGUAUCUUUAACUUGAUCAGUGACUCCAGUGAUGGAGUUCUCAGUUCUAAUGAAAGAAAUAAAGAAGGCCUGUAUACAAUCUCAAUGCAACCUGACAUUCAUCCAGAAAAAUUUAAUUUUUACAAUCAAGCAUUGGAUGAAAACGGCUUCAAGCAUGAUCGUUCUUAUCUUGUGGUUGGAGGAGUUCGUGGAUUUGGAUUUGAAGUUGCCAAAUGGAUGGUUUUCAAUGGAGCAAAAACAGUCAUCUGCACCGCCCGCUCUCCUCCCAAUCAAGAAAAACUUGCUGAACUUCAGAGUUUACAGAAGGAGACAUCUUCGAAUAUUAUUGUUCGACAAACAGAUGUCACAUCGAUAGAGCAGAUGAAACGUCUUGCAAAAGAAAUGGAAGAUAUGCCUCCCUUAGCUGGAAUUAUCUUCUCUGCGAUGGUUCUAGCUGAUCAACUUCUUUGUGAUGCUGACUUAGAAACAUGCAAAAAAGUGGUCGAGACAAAAGUUAAAGGCAGUGUGAUCCUUCACGAGUUUAGUCUUUCAAUGGACCUUGACUUCUUCAUCAUGUUCUCUUCAGUCUCUGGAGCUCUUGGAAAUGCUGGUCAGAUAGCAUAUGCUGCAGCAAACACGUUUUUGGACGAAAUUUGUGAAUAUCGUCAGCAAAAAUUGGAUCUGCCGGCUUUGUCGAUUGCAUGGGGUCCAAUUGCUGGUGCUGGCGUUCUUAGUAGAAAAGUGAAUGUUUUGCCGAGCGUCUUCUCUUUGGAGAGGGGAACAAUUGCUUCUGUUUGUGUAUGUCCAGUAAACUGGGAAACUUAUCUACAAAAUCACUAUUCCUCACGACUACAAAUUAUCAGAGAAACAGAAAGCGUUACCGCAAGACAACAUGAAAUAUGGACACUUGAAGACCUAUCACUACAACCAUUAGAAUCACGAAUAAAAAUUGUAACAAAUAUUGUUCAAACGUUGUUGGGAAUGUGGUCUGGAGUUGAUGAAGCCGACUAUGAUAUGAACAUUAGCCUUCACAAAUAUGGCAUCGACUCAAUGGCAGCCACUAAUAUGAAAAUCCGAAUUCAAAAUCACAUUGGAGCUAUCUUCGAGUCCUAUUAUUUCGUUCAACCCAAAACAAGUGGUUUAACAAUUAUCAAUGACAUUAUGGCGCAAAUCGAUGUGUUGAUAGCAAUGAAAAGACAAACAGAAAACAAAGAUCACUCGGAUAGAGCAGUCAAUGAUAUCGAGAAUAGUGUAGAAAUUGCUGAAGUCGAAAUCUCGCAAAUUAGCAAAGAGAAAGUGAUUGCACUUUACUCUCCAGAUGAAGUUGUUGUAAACGUAUUUAUGAUUCAUGGUAGUCAUAAAUCUGCUUUAUCAUUGGCUUCAUUUGCUCUUGGCUUUGAAGAUCAGUCUUACGUUUCACUUUAUGGUAUUGGAAUGGAUGAAAAUUUAUUUGAGACAUCAGACUAUGGCAAUGUAAAAGAUUUAGCAAAAUCUUACAUUAGAUUAAUAAAAAGUAUUCAACGCCUGGGACCGUACUAUUUGGCGGGAUACUCAUUUGGUGGAACGGUUGCUUACGAAAUGGCAAGUCAGUUGAAAAGAAACAAUGAGACCGUUUUAAUGCUUUUGAUGGUCGAUACGUACGCCUGGUUUCCUAAUUCUCUACUGUACGCAAAAGAUUUCUUUUAUAAUCAAGCCGAAGUCAACUUAAAAAAUGCAAUGGAAAUUGUGGUUCGACAAUUGAUUGAGGGUUUUGCUUAUACGUCUCUGGGUGUAACAAAAAAUCAAGUUCAUGAUCUUUACGAGAGCUUCGAAGAUUACCAUGCCAUCAUUGGUGCAUUAGAAGAUAUGGCUGCUGAACGAAAUGUAGAGUUUUUCCUAAGAAAAAAUGUCGACACUGUUCUUUAUGAACUGAGAUCAGCUAAAGAUGCUCAUCUUGAAUGGCAACCCGCGAAGGUUUGGUGGAAAGUGUCCUCAUGCAUUAACCUUAAAUGUCAUAGUAUUAUAAGUUAA